AUGCUUCUCCUUCAAGGCGUAUACAACGGCGUUCUCAUCUUCACCCAUGAGCGCAAUCAAACCCAGCUUUCCACUUUUGGCUAUGAGACAGUGGUCAACAGCGUGACGGCCGGUAAUGUCUCAAGUGAUCAGGCGCCAUCGCCUAAUCCCAGCAUACCUGUUCCAGCUAGAGAUGAACCAGAGCCUGCGAAUCAGCGGUUUUUUAGGAGUCCUGAAACUGGUGCAGAGUCCAGAAAAUUAAAUUCUCUGCCUGUCACGGAGGCACAUUCCAUCCAGUUCGACGCAAGAAACCUUUCAGCAACUCGCGGUAGCCACGUGGAAGUGCGGAGUGACGGCAACGGCAUCCGUUCAACAUAUUGGUAUCCUGACGACGAAGCGUUAUCAAGCCCUAUCUCGCCUGAGCUACAACAAAAAAAGCAGGCAAUUUCCGGAUCAGAGGCAAAAGUUUCACCAAGAGAUUUAUCUAGAUCGUGCUCCGUAUCGGUUGUUGUGCCUAUAAUCCGGUCCCGCGGACUACCAAUAACAAGGUCCGCUAGAGCCAGCUCAACACGCUGCACAGGGAAAAGGAAAAGUCGAACAAAGACCCCUUGCAAUGUUGACAGCGAUGAUUCCGACGAAAGUCACUAUACGGAUGGGAACGAUUCUGGUGUUGGUGACAUCGACGCAUUGCCACGUCUACCGAAGAGGCAGAGACAAACUGCUGCAACGAAGAUCCAGCCCGCUCAGGCUCGACGUGAAAGCCUGUAUCGCGUAUUUUCCUCGCCGGCACCAGAAGAGGAAAUCGCAAAUUCAAGUCCCGACACAAGUUUGCAGGACAUGCAAACAAUUCCGAUCAGAGGCUUUCUCACGCGGCAAACCUUUCUAUCAAGAGUCAUCUACUCGUGUACCUUCGAGGAAGAUAGGCAGCCUCCCUGUCCGUAUGAACAAACAAAAGCUCGCACAUACGAGGAAAGCUUAGACAAGAAAGGGCACACCACGCAUCCUAGGAACAAAAAGGCAUCAACGCGUGCCACUCGUUUCCUGCCCGAUGAGGACGAACUGUUGAUUGAACUGAAGGAAAAGCGAAGCCUCCCAUGGAAUAGGAUCGUGAAGCAUUUUCCAGGGAGGACGAACGGUGCUUUUCAGGUUCGCUAUAGGAUGAGGCUCAAGGACAGCAGGAACUGGAAGUCACAAGCGAGGUCGGAGCCGAAGGGUUCCACGUUCUGCAGCUACGGCUGUGGCUUGACACAUCUAGAUCUCUAUGCCCCUUUUCUUCGGCGAGUUGCAUUUCCAGAAGAUCGAGAGUGUUGGCUUCGAGGCAGUCUUUGA